AGUGUCCGUUUGGCAAGAGCUGGCCCGGCAGGGAGGCAACAUGGCGGCGGGGGGUGGCCUGCCGGGGCUCCUGCCUGCCCAGAGCCAGCUGGAGUAUGACCUGCUGGACGCCCUGGCCCCGCAGGAGAAGCACAGCCUGGUCUCCCAGUACCUGGAGAAGGUGGACAGCCGGGAGCGGGACCUCAGAGUCCCCGACUUCGGAGGAGAUCUAGAGUGGCUGAACACCGAAGGCCCCAUUUCUCUGUACAAAGACCUUUGUGGAAAAGUGGUGGUUUUGGAUUUCUUCACUUACUGCUGCAUCAACUGCAUACACCUGCUGCCUGAUCUCCAUGUGUUAGAGCACAAGUACUCUGAUAAAGAUGGCCUUCUGAUUGUUGGUGUCCAUUCAGCGAAGUUCCCAAAUGAAAAGGUUCUUAGUAACAUUAAAAGUGCUGUUCUUCGAUAUAACAUUACCCACCCUGUGGUAAAUGAUGCUGAUGCAACGCUUUGGCAUGAACUAGAUGUGUCUUGUUGGCCAACUCUGGUCAUUCUUGGGCCUCGUGGAAAUAUGCUGUUUUCUCUUGUUGGAGAGGGGCACAAAGAUAAAUUAUUUUUAUUUACUUCUGUUGCGCUAAAGUUCUACAAAGAGAAAGGACAAAUCACAGAUAACAAAAUUGGAACAAAGUUGUACAGAGACUCUCUGCCUUCUUCUGCCUUGCUGUUUCCUGGCAAAGUGACUGUAGACAAUUCAGGGGAUAGGCUCGUGAUUGCUGAUACUGGACAUCACAGGAUUUUGGUUGUCAGGAAAAAUGGGCAUAUUCUACACACCAUUGGAGGACCAAACAGUGGGAGAAAGGAUGGAAGUUUUUCAGAAGCAGCAUUCAAUUCACCGCAAGGAGUGGCUAUAAAGAAUAACAUUAUUUAUGUAGCUGAUACAGAAAACCAUCUGAUUAGAAAGAUUGACCUUGAAUUAGAGAGGGUGAAUACUGUAGCAGGCAUUGGAACACAAGGCACAGACAAGGAGGGUGGAGCAAAAGGAGAGGAGCAGCCCAUCAGUUCACCAUGGGAUGUGAUCUUUGGAAAUUCAGUUUCAGGGACCCAUGAAGAUGAUGUUCUAUGGAUAGCCAUGGCAGGUACCCAUCAAGUCUGGGCACUCAUGUUGGAAUGUGGAAAACUCCCAAAAGGAAGUGAUUUAAAGAAAGGAACCUGCAUUCGAUUUGCUGGGAGUGGGAAUGAAGAGAACCGAAACAAUGCGUACCCCCAUAAGGCAGGCUUUGCCCAGCCUUCAGGUCUUUCUCUGGCUUCUGAAGAACCCUGGAACUGUAUUUUUGUAGCAGACAGCGAGAGCAGCACCGUGCGAACAAUCGCACUCAAAGAUGGAGCAGUGAAACAUCUUGUAGGAGGAGAGAGAGAUCCAUUGAAUUUGUUUGCCUUUGGUGAUGUUGAUGAAGCAGGAAUAAAUGCAAAGCUGCAGCACCCCCUUGGAGUUACUUGGGACAAGAAAAGGAAACUGCUUUAUGUAGCAGAUUCCUAUAAUCAUAAGAUUAAGUUUGUAGAUCCUAAAAUGAAGAAUUGUGCUACACUGGCAGGCACAGGAGAAGCAAGUAAUGUUGUUGGUUCCAGCCUCAUGCAGUCGACUUUCAAUGAACCCGGAGGAUUAUGUAUAGAACAGAAUGGCCGUCUCCUCUAUAUUGCUGACACAAACAAUCAUCAAAUUAAAGUACUGGAUUUAGAAACAAAAACUGUUUCCAUGCUGCCUAUCCUGAACACUGAAAUAUUUGAUGUUGUAGAUAGUCCAUUUGUCCAAAACAAUAAGAUGGCCAACGUUCCCAGGCUGCCUAAAUCAGCACCAAACAUCCAACUUCCUUCAUUGACUGUAACCCCUGGUCAGACUCUUCAGUUUUUGUUAAGGUUAAGCCUUCCUGCAAAUACAAAGCUGACUGAAGAAGCACCCAGUUCCUGGUUUCUCACAGCGGAAGGUAAUGAGUGGCUGCUUCAGGGACAGAAUCCGUCUGGAGAAAUUGAGGACAUUUCCCAUCAACCUUUCAUUGCCUUGCAGUUACCCGGUAACUGCCUGUCAUCUGAAGCCAUGCUGUCCGUCAAAGCGUGCCUCUACUACUGUAGCAAAGACAGCAGUGCCUGUAUGAUGAAAGGAAUCUCAUUCAAUCAGCCUUUACGGAUAGCUAACACAAACCAAGGGAGCCUAGCUCAAGUAGAGUUGACAUACUCAUUUUAACUAAACCAAAAAACCCAACAGAUUCACAUUCUAGUUUACUUUCUAACAUUUUUACAGGAGACAAAUUUAAUAGAUUUUUUUUCUUAGUCUUCCAAUAGCAUAUGAAGAUUGAGUUCUAAAGCAUAAUAUGAUUUGUAAGAUGAAACAGAAAUGUCUUGUGCUGAAUCAUGAAAAACUGUAAUGAAAUCUUGGGCCCAUUUAUUUCUUUUUGCGAUUGUGUGAGCAAUAACAUCCUUAAACUCUGUUGGCUAUUGUGAAUACAUGUAAGCAGUAGGCAACAAUUUUAAGUCAGUCUUUGAAGAACCAGUAUUAUAAUUUGAUACUGUUUAAUAAAUUAUUUUGCACAGCACACCAUAGCAAAAUCUCAAAAUGGUUUGGGGAUGAACAACUGCAAAUUUGUUUUUGUAUGCCCUCUGUUUUUAAUAAAAUGUUAAAAACUGAAUUUUUGUUUGUGCAAGUCAUAAAAGAAUUAUUUUUCUUAUUUUACAAUGAAAGAAUUGAAAACACACUUAAUAUAUUUUGAAAACAUAUGAAAUUGGUGCAGGACUGUUUUAUUUUUUGUGCAAAUCAAGUCUGUUUUUCUUAAAACUAGAUAUUUAUGCCUUAUUUGGAGAGCACAAUAAUGUGGAAAAGCUUUUGAAAAAUGAAUUGUUUAAGGUCAUAUCGAAAUGUUACAUAAAGAUAUCAAACAAAAAAUGUGCCUAUGCAAAAUUGGCAUGCUGGAGUUUUUCUAAUUAGUGUUUCUAUGUGUAUUUUAGAAUAUAAAAUGUAAGUAAUAUUUGUUACUCUAACUUGCAACAAUUAAAUGUCAACUCUUUCUGUCAGAUAAACAGUUUUUU